UUUACCUUGUAUGGAAAGUUGAUGCAUAAUUAAUGAGCCUGGCGUCUCUGCGUCUCGUGGUCCAACGUGUGCCCAAUUUCAGUCUUCCGUCGGCAUUGAAACGUGCAGGUUGUGCAGCUGGUACGACAAUGCUAUCUAAGUGGCUCCUUGUAUCUCUUCUGGCUUUAGUAAUUCAAAACAUUUCUGCGGGUCAUUUCAUCGGAAAAUACAUCGAUGUGACCAAAUUCAAUUCGGUGUUCUACGAUCCGAACACGCGAUUGGGAUUGAAAGGCGCACUAGAGAGGAUUGGUCGUGACCCUUUUCCUGCGAUCGGUUUCCGUGGUGUAAAAUGCAACUGCGAAGGUUUCACUUGUGGCUGUUGCAGCGGCAUCAACAUAACUUUGUUCAACCUGGACCGUCGUACCUGCACUAAUUUUACCUAUUCCCCUGAAGACUUCGCCAUCAAAUUCAAUCUUAUAGUAAACGAAAGAGAAGUUCUUAGUACAGGUUCUCUAUCUGCUAAGAAUCCACCACCGGUCUGCGUGCCUUUCUACCCUCCUUUCAUAUCUUUCUGCGUGCGUUUCUUCGACGUCUACACGUCGGGCAAAAAUCUACACGCGUGCAUUGAUCUGGAGACACUUGUGGUGACAUGGCCAGUCUUGAUUUUGCACUUCGAUUGCGUAAAGAUCGGCGCGGAUGGCGUCUCCUGGAUGAAGCCCGAGAACGGCAGUAAUGUCUCCAACACGGCGCCACUGGCAAUGCUCAUGUCGGAAGUGAAUGGGCCGGAAAUAUAUGACCCAGUGGACUUCGAGCCAGAUUCCGUUGAACUUCCAAACAAUCAAACUCCGAUUCUGACCCCCGAGCAGGAAAAUAACAUUGGCCAGUUAAAACUGUGAUCUCUGCGUAAUUACAAAAUUAUACCCAUAUAAGAUGCGUUAUUAUGAUGUUACAAAUGUAUUUAUUAUAUUUAUCAGUUAAUAUGUUCUAUUUGUCGUUAUAUAAUAUAUGUAUGUAUUCCUGAUGUGAAGAUCGAUAAAA